GGUGGGAAGAGAGAACAGAUGGAUGCACGGGGCAGAGGGGGGAGAGAAAAAGAGAGAGAGCGCCUCCCAGAACCCUCGCAGGCACCACCCCCACGGGGAAAGGCGGGCUUAAAACUACGCGGGAGCGCGCGUGCCGCUUUCGGCAAAAGACACAUGAGGGGAGAGGGCGGGGCUAGAACGCUCGGUCUCUGGAAAGGGGCGUGGAUUAGAAGCGGUCCUUCCCGGCCAGGGUUCCCAUUGGAAGGCACACGCGCUGUAGUGGGCGGGGCUUGGCGUAAGGCUGGGCGGAUGGGCUGAGAGGAGGAGCCGCAGUGAAAGCGCCUCUUUUCCCUCCUCCUUUCCCUCCUCCCAUGUCAACAAGCGAGGCGCCUGCGCCGGAGGUUUGCGCGUCUUUUCCUCUCAUGCGCGGUAUUUGCUUCCCGACCACGGCCUGCGAUUUGGCCUAGAGCCGGCGGGCGCAUCAGGGGCGGCGGCGGCAGGAGUGGCGGGCGCAGCUCUUCCCUUCUCUGGCUCCUUGGCUAGCCCCGUUGGGCGCUCAGGAUGGCGGACGACUCGCCUAAGCGGCGCAAGGCCAACUUCAACGAGGCAGAGACGGAGGUGCUGAUCGAGCAGGUGCUGAAGCACGAGCAGGUGCUCUUCGCGGCAGGGCCCGGCAGGGCCUCGCCGGGCCAGAAGCGCAAAGUCUGGGAGCUGAUCCGGCACAAGGUGAACCCGGUGGCUGCCUGUCCCCGCGAGGUGGAGGACCUCAAGAAGCGCUGGCGGGAUCUGAAGCGCCGCGACCGGAGCAAGCUCUGCCGCAUCACGCAAGGCCCCGGCGGGCCCGUCCCCCACCCCGCCUCGCUCGGCCUCCUCAUGGCCCCGGAGGAGAUCUCUCCGCCCGAUCACCUCCGAUCCUACGCUGCGGGACUGCCCGCUCCCAACGAGGCGGUGCCUAUCGUCGGCGGCAUAGACACGCUGGAUUUGCCGGGAGCCUCUGUGGCGGACAUCGGUUUUACUGAUGAUCCAGGUCCAGGUCCAUCCAACCAACCAUGUCUAGAGAAAAUAAAUCUAAAAGAAGAGAUAGUGGUGAAGGUUGUGGAGCCAGAAGAAAGCUCUGAGGACAUGGCUGUGGUUCCUCCUAGCCAAGAACAAGUACCUUUCCUAGAUAUAUCAAAUGGAGGCCCCUGUGGAAAAGUAAAGGCCAAAACAAAAACUCAGCCUCAGAAUGACCCAAAUGAAAUUACAGAAGAGGAUCUAUUGCAGAUCCAGCAGAACCAGCUGCACGUCAUCCAGUCUGGCUUCGACAGUAUCAACCAUAACCUUCGGUUGCUGCAGCAAGGCAUGCAAGACCUCAACAAUAGUCUCAACAUAAUGGCACAUACAUUAGUAGCUAUCAAAAAUGUCUAUGUGAAGAAUAACACCGGCCCAACCGCUUUUGCUACUGUCGCUACUCAGACCAACACAGGGUACCUGAGUCCUGGGUCCCCUUUGGUUGAGGACAGAGUCAGAGUACCAGUGGCUGGAAGUAGUAGCAGAAGUAGCAGCUGCAGUUCCAGCUCUAUAUCACAAGAUCCAGGCCCUUCAGAAUUUCCUAGGCCCCCCCACAGACCUAUUAAGAAGGAACAUCCAAAUGGCUGUUAUUAUUUCUGUUUUGCAGAUGUGUAAGACUUGAGUACAUGCAAGACAACUGUGGUGUUUGAGAAGGGCCAUUCUGUACUCUGUUCCAAUACUUCAUCAUGUCAGAACAGAUUUGUCUUGCUGACCUUUUAAAUGCUAUAUAAAUAUGCUAAAUACAUACAAUUUCCUCUGACCCCCAGAUGGGGAAACUUAACGUGUAAGAGGAAUAAAACUAACUACAACUCAGAGCCCAAUCUUAUCUGUUUACACAGAAGUAAGUUCCACUGAGUUCAGUGGGACUCACUCCCAAACAAGCGUGCAUAGGAUUGCAGGUUCAUUUCUGCUGUUGGUAGAUGCCUCUUAUGUUGUGUAUCUCUUACUGUAUUUCCCCCGCCCCAUGGUGGUAAAGCGGGAGGUGGGGGUGGGGACUGGACUCAUCUGAAUCUUCCUGGUAUGAAUCUGACCUUUUUUUAAACAAAGCAUUAUGAAAAGGUAGCAGCAACUUUACUUGGUAUCUGGCACAUCAUACAAGCUGUUUUAUUUUUCUAGCAAUCCAAGCUGCAGACUAGUAAGAAAUUUAGUACUUUAUUGUACGUUUUUAAAAAAACAAGCCACACAGAUACAGCCUACUUCUACUAAAGAGAUAUCUGGGUUCUGUAGGAGAGCAUAUAUUAAGUUUAUUUGUUCUAGGAGUGGGGAAUGAGUUGGAGUACAGAGUUAUGAGCAAAUGCUUGUAAGUUAUCUUUGAUUGCUCCUAUUUGUUGUUGCUCAUGUCCAGCUCUUCAGCGUGGAUCUUCCCCGCAAAAAUGCUCUGCUCAAAACAUUCAGGGGCAGUGAGGCUGCCUUUUGUUGCAUAAUUAAAAAGAAUUUGCCAAAAAAAGA